GCAAAUGUAAUUUGCUGCCGCUACGGUGCGUCUAGAUUUCUAGGCUAAUAAUAAUAAUGAGAACAGAAAAAACAACCAUGAAGUUCAAAAGGUAUAAAUGUAGUAAAAGCAGUCAGUAGAUAAGAAAUGUUAUCCUUAUACAUGAAUAUCACCCUGACUUAUAACUCAUACAUAACCACAAAUUAUUUCAGGUGUUGCAAAAGAACAAAAUUGGAAAAAGUCAAGUUUCUAUAUCCAUUUUGUCAUUAUUUGCAAAUGUGUGUUCUAGAUGUUGAUUUUAUCAUAUAAUUGGCAAUUUAUGCGUUCACCAUUUCAUGGACAUCUCAAGAACUCCGAUUCAUACAUACUUUAUUCAAAUACGGAAACUUGAAGUUGUAUAGCUAUAGUGACCGUGAUUCAGGUGGAGGAGAGGUCAACUUGCAACUGCAGAGUGUCCAUGUCUGCUCUAGCACCUCGUGAACUCAUGUCAAACUUACCCUGACAUUGUACCCCGAUUGCUCCCAACAAGCUGGCUGGUGCCAGCCUUCACUGCUGGAGUCUGAGUCUCUGAUUCAUUUGGUGCCAUUUUUUUUCAGCAGCCCAUUUGGCAUCAUGACUUUUAUUUUGUUAGGAAAUUUACAUCAUUACCACUUUUGUCCAGUUGUUCAAGUGCAUUUGUGCAUGUUCAAUGUAACAUUGUGCAUGUUAUCAAGCCAUUCAAAGUUAUGUUUGUCCUAGCUUAGCUUAGACUUCCAUCUGUUCCAGCUUUCUGGAGUGGGAUUAAGGUAUGAGUAGAUAAAAGGGUGUGUGCUUUUUUAGGGUAAGUAUCUCCUAGAAGCCAUGAUAGAUUCUUGCCAUUUCAUAUUAUGUAUUUUGGGCUCUGAUGCCUCUAUCUGUGAGAUGUCUUGUCGUGCCUUAGAUCUUAUCAACAUGGACUGGCCGCAUGCUUUUGUUUAAGUGCUCAAUCUCUCAAUCACUGAAGUGAGACUGCGGUUAUUUUGGUCAACUGUGCGUUUGUGUCCUCUCUUCCAGGGCUGGUGAACAGAGACGAGAGCUCUCAGCAGUCAUCCAGACCUCUCUGCCCCCUCUCUCUCUCUCUCUAUCUCUCUCUCUGCCCCCUCUCUCUCUCUCUCUGCCCUCUCCCUCUCCUCCCCUUCCCUCCUUCCCUUUCUCCUCCUGCAGACUCUAUUCUUUGUGGUCUGUGACACUCCUCCUGUCCUCCGCUCUGCUUCCUCCUUUCCCUCCAUUCCUUCUCAUUCCUUUACCUGCACUCUAUGCCCCCCCCCCCCCCCCCCAACGUAAUCCAUCUCCUCCCUCCUGCAUCUUAAGGUCUUGCUCUGCUUUGCUGGUAACUUUUUUACUCAUCUCAUCUGUUCUUUAUUUCCUCUUCCUCAUUCCCUUAUCCAUGUCCCGCCUCCCACCCUUGUGUCUUGAUAAAUGCCCUUUGACCCCCUGGCUCUUGAUAUUAGCAGACAGUAAACUCCCCAUCAUCUUCAUUUGAUUUGGGUCUUUAUCCCCAUAAUUCUCUAAUAUUCUUACGCAUCUCUUCAUUUCCUCCCUCUCUUCCUCCUCUUCUCUUCUCUCCUCUACCUCCCUCUCCAUCUCUCUGUCCAUCCCCCUCUCUGCAUCUCUGCCCACCUCCAUCAUCGUCACGCUGGCGAACCUCACAGAAGUGGCCAUGUGGUCCAACUACUUCAUGCAGCAGGAGGAUGAUGGGCGGAUGGGCGUGGCGACAGGUGCAGCUGGCGGCGGCGGCGGCCUAUCUGGUGCGGGGGGCGGCGCCCGGACCGGCAAGCGGCGCCAGCCCAAGCUGAGCGACAGCGAGGAGGGCAAGAUCAAGCUGGCGUUUAUCGUGGCGGCGGUGGGCGUGACGCUGUGCGUGCUGGGCGUGGGCACCGAGUUCUGGGUGGAGCUGGCGCAGCCCAAGCACUUGGGCAACAACCGCACGUGUGAGAUGGCCCACUACGGCCUGUGGAAGGGCUGCGUGCGCACCCUCUGGAUCUCCGACAUCGACCCCGAGAGGGAGUCCUGUGGCCCGGUCGAGCUGCCCGGAGAGUCCAACUGCACGUUCUUUAAGUUCUACACCUCUGGAGAGAAUGCAGUCAUUUUUAAGAAGAUGACGGAUAAGGGUCUGAGUGUGGCCUCGGGCAUGCUGGCCCUCAUCAGCCUCACGUUCAUGGUCAUGGGCGCCAUCUGCAUCGUCAUGGCCCUUAGUAAAGGAGUGAUGUUCUUCCUCAAGCCAGCGUCCUUCUGCUUCAUUGUCUCAGGUAUUCUGGUCCUCCUGUCCAUCGUGGUGUUCCACCAGUCUGUGCUGGCGCUGCUGGCCAGCGAUCACACCAUCCCCCUGCACCACGAGCUGUCCUGGUCCGUCUCGUGUGUGGCCGUCGCAGGGGUCAUUCUUCUCCUGGCCGGGGCUCUGUUCCUCUUGCUGGGCCUGCCAUACAGCCCCUGGGAGAAAUGUCUGCCACACCACAGUAGUAGUGACACCUAACUGCCAGGAGGACCAACUGCACAAUGCUUCAGGAUUAAAAAAAAAAAAAAAAGAACUGAAAGGUGUUUUGAGGAUUUUGAAAAAGAAUACGUUUUUUACAGUAUGAUUUUGUAGAUGGACAAAUAGUUUGAUGAGUGUUAAUAAUGUUUACUACAUACAAGAAAUAUUUUUUGAACCUACAAAUUCAUAACCUUCUAAGUGCACUUAAAGGAACACAACAAAUGUUUGGAAGUAUGUUACACCAUUUUGCCUAUAGCUCUAUUUUAGCUAUUGGCUAGCUAUAGGCUAACUGAUGUAACCCAUUUCCAGUUAAUUAUUAAAUUAUGCUAAGCUAGGCUAAUGUUGUCAGAAUGGGUUAUUGCAGACAGAGAAGAGAAGAGUAUGUAGGCCUAUCCUCUUUUCUAACUCUGGGGUAGAUGGCAAACAAACUCAUUUCCCAAACAGUGGGCAUGUUCCUUCAACCAUCACAGCAUAGAUAGGAGUUCACCAUAAGCUCUGACAGGAGGGUGCACCCAUGCCAUAUUACCUACCCAGAGCCGAGCUAAGCAGCAUAGCGGAGGGGACGCUUAGCCUGAAUGACCACAGGGCAUCCUCAUGGAGAGGCUGGAGUGUGUCAAUCCCAGGCCACAGCUCACACAUGGACAGAGUGCUGGAGCACAUCCAUUACGUCUAUGUGGCUCUGUGUGUUGAAGCAAUGAGCCAGAAACUCUGGACCAUGAGCAGUUCAAACAGCUCUCUCUCUCUGUCUCCCAGGGACCUCUGGCCCUGUUUUCCUCUCAGCCUCGGCGUGAUGCUGUCACACUGUGUGCUUUAGACCCAACACUCUUGUUGGUUUAGGAAGAAGGUUUAGCUUUUUAGUUUUUAUAUUUAAACACACGUGAUUCUCCGUCAAGUGUUCUUGUUAAAGAGACUGUGAUUGUCUUAAAUGUGGCCGAUGCUGUCAUUUGCUGGACUGGCUCACUGUGGGGUUAGAAAGGAUUCAGAGAUGAAAGGGGCAGAGCGUCUCUUUCCAGGAACUGGUUUACCACUAGCUACCCCUGCACCGUGCUGGAUGUGUUGCGCUGCUAACAAGGACAGACUACUAAACAUGCAUCAGAUAUGCAGAGGGCUACACCGAAGCAUUAUCACAACCAUGAAUUAUUUAAGCCUUUUACAACUUAUAUUUGUUAUAUAUUAAUAGAUGUACUAUAUAUUAUGUAUGCAGGUGGAUAUGAGUGAGUGUGUGAGUAUAAGUGUGUGUGUGUGUAUGUAUGUAUGUGUGGAUACAUGUUUUGUUAUGCAUUUAUAUAUGGUUGUGUUUUGUAUACACCCUGCGAAUGAAACUAUGUAAAUAUAAGACAUGUUUUUCUCCUUCUUGUGGUUCAAGAAAAAUAUGGUCACACAACCACAGUGCCUGAAGAUCAUGUCUCACUCGUCACUUGUCGUUUUCAGAGUGAUGGUCCAUUGCUUCUCUUUCCUUAUGUGUCUGUGUGUGUGCCUGUGUGUGUGUGUGUGUGUGUGUGCCUGUGUGUGUGUGUGUGAGUGUGUGUGUGUGCCUGUGUGUGUGAGUGUGUGUGUGUGUGAGUGAGUGUGUGUUUCUCCUCAGACUGUGCCCCUAUGUCUCUCGAAACACAACCACAUCCAGGCCUUCCCUCAAAUGUGUCUGUCUCCUGGCUCUCGCAUAAAACAUUAAAACCUAUUUCACACGUA